UCCCAUGAUCAAAACCAUCUCAAGCAGCCUAAUCAUCUCCAGCUGAUCAAGAGCUCUUAAUUAGCUAGCUAGUGAUUAGCUGCGCUUGUGAUCGAUCGAUCUCGGGUACGUAGCAAUGGCGUCCAAGGCGUUCGCUCUGUUCCUGGCCGUGAACCUCGUCGUGCUCGGGGUGGCAAGCGCCUGCGGCGGCAGCCCGUCGUGCCCGACGCCGACGCCGUCGACCCCGACACCGUCAACGCCGACGCCGACGCCGUCGGCGUUCGGGAGGUGCCCCCGCGACGCGCUGAAGCUGGGCGUGUGCGCCAACGUGCUGGGCCUGAUCAAGGCCAAGGUGGGCGUGCCUCCGGCGGAGCCGUGCUGCCCGCUGCUGGAGGGGCUCGUCGACCUCGAGGCGGCGGUGUGCCUCUGCACGGCCAUCAGGGGCAACAUCCUCGGAAUCAACCUCAACCUCCCCAUCGACCUCAGCCUCAUCCUCAACUACUGCGGCAAGACCGUCCCCACCGGCUUCAAGUGCUAAGCAGCGUGCAUAUGCAAUGCCUGCAUGGGUUGAUCCUACGUACGGUGAUUAGUUGGCUUUGACGACUCUUGAUUUGAUUUGCUUGCUGCUCUGUUUAUUUGCUACUACGUUACGUACGUACUUUGCAUGCAACGCAACGCAUGAUCGAUCGUGCAUGCUGGCUGUUUGUACGUAUCACGGUACCAGUUUGGAUUCUCUCUGUACUCUCUCCUUUGUCUUCUUUGUAGUACUCUUAUUCCCGCUAUCCGUACGUGCGCAUUUGUUGUAAGGGCCGGUGCUAGCUUGUGUGCCGGUACCAACUUCUAAUAAAGCUUUGGUUUGCAACUUCAGAUAUA